AUGGCUACAAAACUCGAAAGCUCCUUAAUCUUUGCCCUAUUGUCUAAAUGCAGUGUUCUAAGCCAAACCAAUCUCGUUUUCUCUCUCCUCGUCGUCUCAAUUAUCUGGCUCGUAAUCUCUCUCUUCUUCUGGACUUAUCCCGGUGGACCGGCUUGGGGAAAGUUUCUCUUUCGCCGGUUAACAUGCAAAACCGGAACGGUUAUUCCCGGUCCUAGAGGCUUACCUUUUGUUGGAAGCAUGUCUCUCAUGUCCAACACUCUAGCUCACCGUCGAAUCGCUGAUGCAGCGGAGAGAUUCGGAGCCAAACGGCUCAUGGCUUUCAGUUUAGGAGAGACCCGCGUGAUCGUCACGUGCAAUCACGAAGUCGCGAAAGAGAUUCUGAACAGUCCGGUUUUCUCUGACCGACCGGUUAAAGAAUCGGCUUACUCGUUGAUGUUUAACCGAGCGAUUGGUUUUGCACCACACGGUGUUUACUGGCGAACUCUACGAAGAAUCGCUUCGAAUCAUCUUUUUAGCCCCAAACAAAUCAGACGAGCCGAGACACAGAGACGAGUGAUCUCGAACCAGAUGGUUCGGUUUAUCGAAAAACAGAGUGGUCAUGGUCCAGGACUCUGUUUUGUUCGUGAGUUGCUUAAAACGUCGUCGCUUAAUAACAUGAUGUGCUCUGUUUUCGGACAAGAGUAUGAGCUUGAACAAGAUCAUGGUGAGUUACGUGAAUUAGUCGAAGAAGGUUAUGAUUUGCUCGGUACGUUGAAUUGGACCGAUCAUCUUCCUUGGUUAUCGGAAUUUGAUCCUCAGAAAAUCCGGUUUAGAUGUUCUACGCUUGUACCGAAAGUAAACCGGUUUGUAUCAAGGAUUAUAUCAGAACAUCGUAAUCAAACCGGUGAUUCUCCUCGUGAUUUCGUCGACGUUUUGCUCUCUCUCCAUGGUUCGGAUAAAUUAUGCGACCCGGAUAUCAUCGCCGUUCUCUGGGAAAUGAUAUUUAGAGGAACAGACACAGUAGCGGUUUUAAUCGAGUGGAUUCUCGCUAGGAUGGUCCUGCACCGAGAUAUCCAAUCAACGGUCCAGAAAGAGCUUGAUGAAGUAGUCGGAAAAUCAAGAGCCGUAGAUGAAUCUGACGUGGCUUCACUUAAAUAUCUAACGGCUGUGAUUAAAGAAGUAUUAAGGCUUCAUCCUCCAGGCCCACUUUUAUCAUGGGCCCGAUUAGCCAUAACAGACACGAUCGUAGAUGGUUGUCUCGUUCCUGUGGGGACCACAGCAAUGGUGAACAUGUGGGCCAUAGCUCAUGAUCCACACGUGUGGGUUGAUUCUUUGGAGUUUAAACCGGAGAGGUUCGUGGCAAAAGAAGGUGAGGUUGAGUUUUCGGUUCUCGGGUCGGAUUUGAGAUUGGCUCCGUUUGGGUCGGGUCGUCGGAUCUGCCCCGGGAAGAAUCUGGGUUUAACGACCGUUACGUUUUGGACCGCGACGCUGUUACAUGAGUUUGAAUGGGGACCGUCCGAUGAUAACGGCGUUGACUUGUCUGAGAAAUUAAGACUUUCGUGUGAGAUGGCUAAUCCUCUUGCUGCUAAAGUGCGCCGUAGACGCAUUUAA